AUGGCUUCAGGUUCAAGAGGGCCUCGCCGAUCAUUUGACCACUCUUAUAUGCCACCAAGAACCCCACAACACUAUUACCCACAUCAAGAUGCAGCUUAUGCUGUGGUACCGCCCCACUAUGUGGUGAUGAAUGCCCAACCUUACACACGGCCUCAACAGCAUAACAACCAAACCCGAGCUCCACAUCCCAGAAAUAACCAUCCCUACCAAGCUCCAUAUAAUCCUCACCCAGCACAAAAUGCACACCAACAUAAUCCACGCCAUCGUGAGCCUCCUAGGAAAAAUAAUUUCACCCCUAUUGGUGAAUCUUACUCCAGUCUGCUUCAGAAAUUAAUCCAACUGGGUCUAUUACAACCUAUGCCUCCCAAUCGGCAAAAUCCUGAGUCUCCAUCAUACAGGGUCGGUACCAGGUGUGCAUACCAUUCAGGAAGGGAAGGCCAUGACACAGAAAAUUGUUGGGCCCUCAAAAGGGCGAUCGAAAAUCUUAUCGAAGAAAAAUUAAUUGUGCUAAGGGACGAAGAAAUCCCUAAUGUGACCAACAAUCCAUUACCGGCUCACAAUAAUGGGCCAGCCAUUGGUAUGAUUUUUGAUGACAAAGCGUUUGAGCCAGCAUUGAAGAACAUUGUUGCCAUCGCCAAUUCAGAGGCAAGACCUAAAACAGCGGUGAAUUCGGCCAAAGCCAAAAAGAAAGUUGCUCCAGUUCCUCAAGAUGUUGAAACAAAGAUUGGGCCAGCACCUGCCAAGAACUUUGUAUUCUAUGUUCUUAAGGCCCCGAGAAAAGAACAACUUAUCCUCAAUACUUCCAAGAAAUCUGAUGAAAGGAAGGCGGCAUUGAGUGUGCCAAGACUGUAUGUACCAAAGGGGACCUAUGUGGCGUGGGGGCCGGUAAUUUCAUCAAGGCUGACUGAGCCCGUGGUUAUCAGCCUCGCACCACAGAGUUCUAUAAAAGAUCCCACCGCAGUUCCCUGGAACUACAACAGAACCGUGAUUACAUAUAAAGGGAAAGAGGUUAUGGGAGAAGUUAACGAGAUGAAUCAAUCUGGGAAGUACCACACCCCAGAAGAGCUAAAGAAUUUAAAACUGAACAGGGAUAAACAGAUGUCGUCCAAGAAGCCUAUAAGCAAUGAGGAAGUAGAAGAGUUCUUCAAAAAGAUGAAAACUUCUGAAUAUUCAAUAGUUAACCAACUUCGGAAGACUCCUUCCCAGGUCUCACUCUUAUCUCUGCUGCUGAGUUCGAAUGAACACCAGAAAGUGCUCCUCAAAACACUGAAUGAAGCAUACGUCCCGGUUGAUACUUCUAUCAAACAAUUGGAAAGAAUGGCCAAAAGAUUCUUUGAGAUCAAUAGGAUUUCCUUCAGCCACGAUGAUUUUCCCCAGAGGGAGCCACCCACAACAAAGCCCUCCACUUGA